AUGGCGCGCAAAUCGAGCAAAGGACUCAAAUCUAGAGCCAGAUUCGAGCAGGAUCCACAUGGACUGAACGAAGUUGAUGAUUUCGCGGCAAAACGUGAGAAAGUGCUGCUAGACAGGGCUGGUUUGAGCAAUCAGAGUGAUGAAGACGAUGAUGAGCAUCUACUGGACGAUGACGAAGAGGAAGAAGUGCUAGGUGUGGAAAGCGAUGAGAGUGAACAAGAAAAAGAAAGUGAAGAGGAGGAGCAGUUGGACGGUGAAGCAGCGUUCAGACAAGUCUUUGGCCGCAAAAUGGACGUGGGCGCGGCCGAAGACGCAGAAGAAGGCGGUGAUGCAAUGAUCGAUAACGACACGGCGUGGGGGUCGACCAAAAGCGAGUACUACGGCGCAGAUGACCUCGACGACGACGAGACCGCCAAGGAGAUCGAGAAAGAAGCUUUGCGCCAGCAGCGUAAGCAUCUGGCCGAUCUGGACAUGAACGACUAUCUGGAUGAAGAAGUCGAGCAAGACUGGGCUCAGAGCGCUAAGAAGUAUUCUCUGGGUCAAUUCCAAGAUGCCACGAAUGCCCAAAAAUCCAGCGACACCACAUCCAAAGCUAGCGAUAUUCUGACCAUGACUUCUGAGGCCAAAGAAAAGCUUCUGCGGACGUGGUGUCCCGAGUUUUUCCCUCUGUCGAAAGAAUUGGCUCGGUGGUCCCCCGAAUUCGACCAGCUGAAGAGCCAGCCAGAGUCCUCAGAUGCUACUCGUCUUAAGAUUGCUGCUCUUUCGUCCUACUUGGGUAUCAUCUCGUCCUAUUUCGCCAUACUGUUGCAUGAGGUUCAAACGAACGAUGAGUUCAAGGGCAUGAAGGAUCAUCCUAUCAUGGAAUCCAUCUUAACGUGCAAGGAAAUCUGGAGACAGGCACAAGAACUGCCGGACAACGUCUUAGAGGAAGACCAGCAGCAACAAGAAUCUGAAGACGAAGCGGUGUCGGACCUCGAAACUUUGGACGAAGAGCUAUUGCAGUCUCAUAAGAAUUCGGAAUCCACAGAGCCCAGCGACCACGAGUCUGUCAACGAAGAUGAGGCAGGCGAUGCAUUUGAUAUCGAUAUCACCAAAUCCCGUGUCAACAAAAACAACAAAGCUGCUUUGCCAAGUGCAGAGGUUGACGAUUUUGCAGAAACUGAGACUGCAGAUGUCGAUGCGCAGGAAAAGAAAGCACGCAAGAAAACCCUGCGGUUCUACACCUCUAAGAUUGACCAACAAGAGAAUAAGAAAAUCGACCGAUACAAAGGUGACGACGAUAUUCCUUACAAGGAGAGGUUAUACGAAAGACAACAGAGACUUUUGGAAGAGGCACGUAAAAGAGGUCAAGCUGCGCCUGGUGGGGCUCAAUUGGAUGCUCAGGAGUACGAUUCCGAAGAUGAGAAGACUGCUGAAGCCAUCAAUAAAGGUUCUUCGAGCGAUUACUACAGUGCGAUCAAACAGGUCGGUGCGAACAAGAAAGAGGUCCGGAAAAAAGCCCAUAGAAACGCUGUGUUGGCGAAUAGAAGUGGUAAAUUGGCAGAACUCGCAGGCGAAAUGGACGACAACACGAAACGUGCUGUUGGUUACCAGAUAAUGAAGAAUAAAGGUCUCACGCCGCAUCGUAAGAAGGACAACCGUAACUCGCGUGUUAAGAAGAGAAAGAAGUACGACAAAGCACAAAAGAAACUCAAGUCUGUUCGCGCAGUUUACUCCGGUGGGCAAAAUGGUUCUUACGAAGGUGAAAAGACCGGUAUUAAGAAGAACCUCACGAGAUCCGUUAGAUUCAAGGACUAA